ACCUGGAUGAGACAUUGCUUCAUCUUGCUCCCGAUCUGAACGUUAAGUUUCAUGCUAUACCUGUCAUGGCUAUGUGGAAAAAUGUCCUCAUCCUUUGUCAGCUUCUUCCAUUAGUGAGGACCAUAAAUACAGUCUUCUUUCCAUGUGACACUGAUAGGAAUACCACAACAGUAGACUGCUACGACAGACCACUCAAGCGUGUCCCCUUCAUCAAGUCUACUACUGUAGUGUCACUUAAUUUAAGUCGGACUAAGAUACAUCAAGUGGGGCAGCAUUCUUUUUCGGGUGUCCCAAACCUUCACACUCUGAAAAUAAUGGGGAAUUGUCAACCAGGUCGACUGAGAGCUUUGGAGGACCGCUCGUGCGAAAUGGAGAUCCACUAUUAUGCAUUCAAGAGUCUACUGAAGCUUCAAUUUCUGUAUUUAUCAGGAAACAGCCUCACCUCUAUUCCCUGGUUACCUGAAAGCCUGAGGGUUCUUGACCUCCAGAAUAAUCGCAUCUUCAACAUCGUCCUCCCUUUAAAUACUCCACAUCUCGAAGAGCUCUUCCUCACCAAGAACUGCUUUUAUGCAAACCCUUGCAACCAGUCCUUUAACAUCAACGAGAGGGUUUUCAGAGAGCUCCCAAAGCUCAAAAACCUUACCUUAGGUUAUAAUAAUUUUACCGCCAUCCCUAAAGGGUUGCCACCCUCACUGGAGAGUCUGGAUUUAAGAGAGAAUACAAUCACAGAGGUCUUAGAAGGAGCAUUUGCCCACCUGACUCUCCUCAAGUUUUUGAAUUUGGAGUGGAAUUGCCAGCGCUGUGACCAUGCAGCCAGACCCUGCUUUCCUUGCCCACAAAAUCUCCCGCUACGCCUACAUCCAAACUCCUUGUAUGCUAAGAACAGCUCCAUCACCUUCCUCAAGCUGAGAGGAAACUCUCUGAAAACAUUUCCAGAGGGUCUUUUCCGGCCUUUGGAGAAUUUAAAGAGAUUGGAUCUCUCUGACAACCUGCUGGCAUAUGCUAUACGUAAUGGCACCUUCUUUGACGAGCUGAAGGGCCUCACUUGGAUUAGCCUCAUCUAUAACUAUGAACCACUGAAGACGUUUCCGGAACUGAUCCUCUCCCCAUAUAUUGGAAAUAUGUCUGGUCUGCAAUGUCUUCUUCUGAGUGGUAAUUUUUUCCACGCGGUUUCAAGCGAGAGCCUUGAUGUCGUGUCCAAACUACAAAAUCUAACAAAACUAGAACUGAGAAUGAACUUCAUCAAUACUUGUAACUUGGCAUCUCUGAAGAAGUUACCGUUUCUAAUCGAUAUUGACCUCUCCCAAAACAUGCUUAAUUUCCUUCCCUGCUGCUCAAGUCCCUCCUCUGUGAUUGCGGAACAAGAAAGCUGUCAGAACCAGAAAUUGUUCACACAUAAUUCUCCUGACCCACCCCUUAUGCUAAUAGAUCGGAGAGCCACAUCUGGAAAAUUGAUCUUUACUAUAAAGAAGCUAAGUGAGCUUACAACCACGCUGAAGGUAUUAGACAUUAGUAACAAUGAAUUUCACUUUAAAAUGAGGGGCAUGGGCCAUCGUUUUGAGUUCCUUCAAAACUUGACAAACUUGGAAGUUCUCAGUCUGGCAAACAAUGGCAUUGGGAUGCGAAUAGAUCAAAGGCUGAUCAGCAGCUCUUUAAAGUACCUCUACUUCUAUGGAAACCACCUGGACAUUAUGUGGGAUCCUGAUAACAACAAGUACACCCAUUUCUUUCAAAACCUUACAAACCUCACCCACCUUGACAUCUCCAACAAUGAUCUAAAGUCAGUCUCCCCAGAAGUGCUUUGUAACCUCCCAGAAAGCAUAGAGACCCUCAGCAUCAGUGACAAUUUGCUGAACUAUUUCCCAUGGCCAAACAUCUCAGCACUCACCAAUUUAUGUCACUUGAAUCUCAGUCAAAACUUCCUCUUUUAUUUGCCUCAUAAAGUCAUAGAAUUUGGAGCAAAUUUUUCUCUCUUAGACCUCAGCCACAAUCGCCUUAGUAAUAUUCCUGAGGAUUUCUUUAUAAUGGCAAAAUCCUUGAAAUACCUGUAUCUCAGCCACAAUCAGAUCAAAGUGUUGAACCAUCAGUUUUUCCCUGCCCCUUUUAAAAACGGUAGUGCCCUCCAGAAACUCACCCUGCAUGCCAACCCCUUUAAAUGUGACUGUGAUACAUCUUGGUUCGCGGACUUCUUGCGUACUACUCCGGUGCAGAUUCCUUAUCUCACCACAUAUGUACACUGUGAUUACCCAGAGUCCCAGCAGGGCGUGAGUGUACUCUCUAUGGACCAACGUUCCUGCUCGGACAUAUAUGGUGGCUUAGCCUUUGUCGUUUGUUCCUUCUUUUCUGUGGCAUUCACUGUUCUGCCCCUACUGAAGCAUCUCUAUGGCUGGGAUCUGUGGUAUUGCGUCCAGGUACUCUGGGCAGGACAUAAAGGCUACUCCCAGCUCGCUGGUAGUGAUUCGCAUUAUCUCUAUGAUGCUUUUGUGGUGUUUGACACAGAGAACCAGGCUGUGAGGGACUGGGUCUACAAUGAGUUAACUGUCAAUCUGGAGAACACAGAUCACAGGAGGUUUUGUCUCUGUUUGGAGGAGAGGGACUGGAUUCCUGGGCUUUCAUGUAUUGAAAAUCUACAUAAUGCUGUCUACAGCAGUGUGAAGACAGUGUUUGUGCUGUCCAAUGGCGGCACUGGUUGCAAUACAGUGAACGGUGUGAUCCGCCAGGCUUUCUUCAUGGUUCAGCAGCGGCUUCUGGACGAGAAGGUGGAUGCAGCUAUUCUGGUUCUGUUGGAUGAGAUGUUUCCAAAACUGAAGUACCUUCAGCUGAGGAAACGGUUGUGCAAAAAGUCUGUGUUGUCCUGGCCGAGAAACCCAAGGGCUCAACCACUUUUCUGGAACCGAAUGAGAAUGGCAUUGUCCUUGGAUAACCUCAAAUUCUAUGACAACAAUAUGAGUGAAAGUUUUAUAUGACUUCCUUUCAACUGCUAAUAGAGAGCACUUUGUUGAAAAAGGCCCUUGUUGUUAGAAAUAUUUCCAUUGCCUAGUUUUGACAAACUUACCCUCCUUAACAUUGUCACAUACUUAAUAAGAGUAGGUUGAUGUUUUUAAUAUGUAACUAUAUAUUCUUUUAGAAUAAAGGUCCUAUAAAUGGGAUUCAGAGCAUUAAUAAAGCAGGAAACAGCUAUUUGUAAUGUAAAGAUAUAGUGGAGUUGUGGUUACUUGUGUAGAAAAUGAAGUUGCUUUUCCACUGUGUGUGUUGUAAUCCAAGGUUCUCUGUGCUUUGUUUACAUUGCCAGGCCUGCCACGCAUGCAUCUUGGUGCAUUUGAGUCUCUGUUGUAUUGCACUGUCUAGCUAAUGGCUAACAAGCAGUAACCACCGUUGCUGCUGUUUGUACUGUCUGAUCUGUUUAGCUGCCAGCUCAGCGUCGCCAUUGGGAGGCAGCAGAUAUGCUCUGAUUUCCAUAUUGAGUACCUUUAAAACAUAAUGACUCUUCCAUGUGCUGUAAAUAUUGUGUAUUGUUGUAUAGUGUCUGUUAUCUAACAAAAUAUGAUGUUGAUUCUUUAGAUAGCUUGGGCCAGGUCGAGACAUGCUAUUGUUGGCUGCAAAUCAAGACACUGUACAAUGAAUGUACAC